GCGGCAGCCGGGCAUGGUGGACUGAGACCCGGCAGAGGGCUUCCCUGGGCUCCCGCGAGCCCCUGCUCACGGCCCCUUCCCCGGCCCGGCCCGGGGCUUUUCCCGCUUCCCGUCUUUCUUUCUGUCCCUAUGGAGCAGCUACCCCCGCCGACCGACCAUGCCUAGGAAAGCGGGGAAUGGGCAGCUUCCCUUACCCGAUGGCUGGGAGGAGGCGAGGGAUUACGACGGCAAAGUCUUCUACAUCGACCACAACACCAAGCAGACCAGCUGGAUCGACCCGCGGGACAGGUUGACAAAACCCUUGUCAUUUGCGGAUUGUGUCGGGGAUGAAUUGCCGUGGGGAUGGGAAGCCGCGUGUGACCCUCAGAUUGGUGUCUACUACAUUGACCACAUAAACCAAACAACACAAAUAGAAGAUCCCAGGAAACAAUGGCGGCAAGAGCAAGAGAGGAUGUUAAAAGAUUACCUGACAAUAGCCCAGGAUGCUCUCAGUACCCAGAAGGAGCUGUACCAGGUGAAGGAGCAGAGACUGGCACUUGCACUAGAUGAGUAUGUACGGCUGAAUGGUGCCUACAAAGAAAAAUCAAGCUCUCGUACAAGCUUGUUUUCAGGCUCUUCAUCAAGCACAAAGUAUGACCCUGACAUUCUGAAGGCUGAAAUCUCCACUACAAGAUUAAGGGUUAAGAAGCUGAAGAGAGAACUCUCUCAGAUGAAGCAAGAGCUGCUGUACAAGGAGCAGGGCUUUGAAACACUGCAACAAAUUGACCAAAAAAUGUCUGGAGGCCAGAGUGGAUAUGAGCUUAGUGAGGCCAAAGCCAUCCUGAAGGAGCUGAAGUCCAUCCGAAAGGCGAUCACUUCAGGCGAGAGAGAAAAACAAGAUUUAAUGAAGAGUCUUGCAAAGCUGAGGGAAAAAUUCAGUGUUGAUCAAACCACUGAAACAUCUGAACCAGACUUGAGUUCCAGCUCUGUAAACUCACAGCUGUGUUUUCCUAGACAAACUCUGGAUACAGGGUCUCAGACUGACAUUUCUGGUGAGAUCGGAGCAAGAAAUAGAUCGAAUUUAGCAGAGAAGGUCAGACUCAGUCUGCAGUACGAAGAGGCCAAGCGAAGCAUGGCUAAUUUGAAGAUUGAACUCUCUAAGCUAGAUAGUGAAGCCUGGCCUGGAGCACUGGAUGUGGAAAAGGAAAAACUGAUGUUAAUCAAUGAAAAAGAAGAGCUUUUAAAGGAGCUUCAGUUUGUUACACCACGCAAACGGACUCAAGAUGAGCUAGAGCAGCUAGAAGCAGAAAGGAAGAGGCUUGAGGAAGAGCUGGUGUCUGUGAAAAGCACACCCAGCCAAGCACUUGCUGAAAGAUUAAAAUUGGAGGACAGAAGAAAAGAGCUGGUACAGAAACUUGAAGAAACUACAAAGUUAACUACCUAUUUGCAUUCACAACUUAGGAGCCUCUCAGCCAGCACGUUAUCUGUGUCUUCAGGGAGCAGUUUGGGAUCCCUCGCUUCCAGCCGGGGAUCUCUGAACACAUCAAGUAGAGGCUCGCUAAACUCGCUCAGCUCCACGGAUCUCUACUAUAACCAAGGCGAGCAAAUUACAGAUUUGGACUAUCAGUACAAACUUGAUUUCAUGUUGCAAGAAAAAACUGGUUACAUUCCUUCAGGGCCUAUCACUACUAUUCAUGAAAAUGAAGUGGUCAGUUCCCAUGGGAGACUUGGUUACAGUGACUCUCCUUCAGCUGCAGAUCAUCCCAAAUUGACUGAACCUCCCAAAUCUGUGACAUCACUGUCUUCCAGAUCCUCUCUCUCCUCCUUGUCCCCCCCAGGCUCCCCUUUGGUUUUAGAAGCUGCAUUUUCAGUGUCAGCUCAAAACUCCCCUCUGCAUCACCUCACUACGGACUUUGAAGACUCUGACCUUUCAGGUGAUUUUGCAGGCAUUAGCUUCUGCGAGAACCAAAUAUUGCUGGACUCUGAAGCCAGAGCAGGAUCUCAGACUCCUACAGAUGAUAAAGGUCUAAACGUUAGGCAGCCUCUGCCUUCUCUACACGAAGGAAGUUCAGGUGGUGAUUUACCAAGAAGAACAGCUGGUCAUCUGCUUGAGGAGAAAACAGCUUGUGUGUCUGCUGCUGUGUCUGAUGAGUCUGUCGCUGGAGAUAGUGGUGUAUAUGAAGCUUCUGUGAAACAACCAAAUGAAACUGAGGACACUGUAUAUAGUGAAGAUGAUGCAACAACUCUAGAGGCUGCUCAGGUACAAAUAGGACUCAGAUAUGACCACAGCAAUUCAAGUUUUGUGAUAAUCAUAGUGCGGCUUAGAAACCUUCCAGCAUUUCCUGUCCCCCUUGGCUCUAAGGUGUAUAUCAGAGUGGCAGUCCUUCCAUCCUCCACUGAUAUCAGCUGUCUGUUCCGCACUAAAGUUCAUCCUGCCAUGGAAACCAUUUUAUUCAACGAGAUCUUCAGAGUGGCCAUUUCUCAAGUGGCACUGCUACAGAAGACACUGAGAGUAGAUGUGUGUGCUGUCAGUAGGACUCGUCGGGAAGAAUGCUUGGCUGGGACUCAGAUCAGCCUGGCAGAUUUAUCACUUUCUGAUGAGACCUGUACUCUGUGGUACAAUCUCUUGCCUUGCAAGCAGAAUCCUGGCAAAAAACCCAAGGAACAAAAUGACGAAUACAUGCUUCUGUUAAGCAAGCAAUCACAGUCACUGGACUCACUGGACUUGGAUGCUGUGUCAGCUCUGCUGGAGAGGACAUCUGCUGAGCUGGAAGCAGUAGAACAAGAGCUGGCUGAAGAUGAGGAGAAGGAACAAGAGCAAAGGGUCUCUGAAGAAGACUGGCUAGAGAUGCUUGCAGAGGCCUCUGAUGAAAUUGUGGAUGAAGAGGAAGAUGGCAUUAAGCUGGAAGUAGAAGGUGACUGUAAUGAUGACCUGGGGUUACUCAUGGAUGGACCAGAAAUGAAUGAAGACAAGAACAGAGAGAACAGUGAUGAGGCCCAGGAAAGCCAGCAAGCUGCUGUAAUUCUAACACUGGUUGAUAAAGAGACUAACACUGAGGAAUUGGUUAACGAGAAGUCAGCAGUCCGACCCAAGGACAGAGCCAGCUGGAGCUGCAGACAGCGUCCCUUUGUCAGGAACAGCAUGAUAGUGCGCUCCCAAACCUUCUCUCCAGGCCAGCGGAACCAAUACAUCUGCAGGCUGAAUCGCAGCGACAGCGACAGCUCCACGCUGGCCAAGAAGUCUCUGUUUGUGAGAAACGCCACAGAACGACGGAGCCUGAGAGUUAAACGGACUCAGCCCGUUGGGCAGCCCGUGCUGCGGCGAGCCGCGCAGGAGUGCCCCGCGCGCACUUCCCUGGACUUGGAGCUGGACCUGCAGGUGUCGCGCACCAGGCAGAACCGUCUCAACGACGAGCUCCAGGCCUUGAGGGACCUGAAACAAAAGCUUGAGGAGAUGAAAGGCAGAGGAGAGGCAGACCUUCCUCUGUGUGUGCUAGAGGAUGAACGUUUCCAGAAACUCUUGAAACAAGCUGAAAAACAGGCUGAACAGUCAAAAGAAGAGCAGAAACAAGGUUUAAGUGCUGAGAAAUUGAUGAGGAAGGCUUCUAAGGAUGUGUGCCGGCUACGGGAGCAGAGCCAGAAAGUGCCGCUGCAGGUGCAGUCAUUCAGGGAGAAGAUAGCAUACUUCACAAGAGCAAAGAUCAGUAUACCGGCCCUUCCAGCUGAUGAUGUAUAAUUAUGCAGUUUCAUUGAAGUGAUUUUUCCAUUUGUUCAUCUCUUUUCAGAUGAGCUUUGUAGUUCCAGUGAUGUGCUUUCAAAGAUCUUGUAUUUUACAUUCACUAUUGAUAUGUUUAUUUGUAAAAUAUAGUGAACUGAAUUGUUGUAAGCUUAAAAAAAUGGCAAAAAACCCCAACAAACAGAAAACCAAAGUAGAUUAAUUUUGGUAUGCUGAUGCUGAUUUUGUACAGUUUGUGUGUAUCGCAUCUGUGUUUUUAUUUUGUAAAGGUGGA